CCUGCGCUGGCCUGAGCGAAGCAGGCACUGAAAAGCCGCCAUGCCCGUUGCCAGGAGUUGGGUUUGUCGCAAGACAUACGUCACCCCUCGCCGUCCAUUCGAGAAGUCCCGACUCGACCAGGAGUUGAAACUCAUUGGCGAGUAUGGUCUGAGGAACAAGCGUGAGGUGUGGAGGGUCAAGUUCACCCUGGCCAAGAUUCGCAAAGCUGCCAGAGAGCUCCUCACUCUUGAUGAGAAGGACCCCAAGCGUCUGUUUGAAGGUAAUGCUUUGCUCAGGCGUCUGGUGAGGAUCGGUGUGCUGGACGAGGGUAAGAUGAAGCUGGAUUACAUCCUCGGCCUGAAAGUUGAAGAUUUCUUGGAGAGGAGGCUGCAGACUCAGGUCUUCAAGCUUGGACUUGCCAAGAGCAUCCACCAUGCCCGCGUCCUUAUCCGCCAGAGGCACAUUCGUGUGCGCAAGCAGGUGGUGAACAUCCCCUCCUUUGUGGUUCGCCUGGACAGCCAGAAGCACAUUGACUUCUCUCUGAGGUCUCCGUACGGCGGCGGACGUCCAGGCCGCGUCAAGAGAAAGAACGCCAAGAAGGGCCAGGCUGGAGCUGGAGGCGCUGACGAUGAGGAGGAAGAUUAAGAAGGAUCUCUUCCAGGGACUGUCCUCACAACCUGUUCUGUAAAAUUCAAAAUAAAACUUUGGUCUGACCAGAGAAAUAA